UGUCAAUCUCAAUUCUCAACGUACGCGUUUCUUUCUUUUCCCACUAGCAUCUUCCUUCUCACUCGCUUUGUUUCUUGACCUUCCCACUUUUUGCAAGCAACUAUACUCCAUAACCCUUCUCUAAUUUCUUCUUAAUUUCGUCAAAUCACUUCCUUAAUCUUAUUCAGAUCUCUUUUUCAGUCAUCUAGUGUGCUUCAUAUUGAGGGACAAACUAUGAGCUGUUUUGGCUGCUGUGGUGACGAUGAGUUUCAGAGAGGAGAUAAUGGAGUAUACAUGACAAAUAACACAGCUGGCCAUAAUGCAGCGUACCCUACAAAAGAAGACAAACCCAAGGAUACACAAACUGUAAAUUUUCAGCCUCCUGCUGUUUCUGCUAUUACUGUGGACGAGCUGAAAGAAAUUACUGAUAAUUUUGGAACAAAAGCUUUAAUUGGGGAGGGAUCUUAUGGAAGAGUGUAUUAUGGUGUUCUAAAAAGUGGACAGGCUGCUGCCUUGAAGAAGCUAGAUUCCAGUAAACAACCUGACCAAGAGAUUUUGGGACAGGUGUCAAUGGUAUCAAGACUUAAACAUGAAAAUGUGCUUGAGCUCGUUGGCUAUUGUCUUGAUGGAAAUUUUCGGGUUCUUGCGUAUGAGUAUGCUCCAAAUGGUUCCCUUCAUGAUAUUCUUCAUGGUCGGAAAGGUGUCAAAGGAGCACAGCCAGGUCCUGUCCUCUCAUGGGCUCAAAGAGUUAAAAUUGCUGUUGGUGCAGCCAAAGGGCUCGAGUAUUUGCAUGAAAAAGCGCAGCCUCACAUUAUUCAUCGUGAUAUAAAGUCCAGCAAUGUACUUUUAUUUGAUGACGAUGUUGCUAAAAUUGCUGAUUUUGACCUAUCAAACCAAGCCCCGGACAUGGCAGCCCGUCUACAUUCCACACGUGUUCUUGGAACAUUUGGAUACCAUGCUCCAGAAUAUGCUAUGACUGGGCAAUUAAGCUCAAAGAGUGACGUCUACAGUUUUGGUGUUGUCCUCCUAGAGCUCUUGACUGGCCGCAAACCUGUCGACCAUACAUUACCUCGUGGACAACAAAGUCUUGUGACAUGGGCAACUCCGAAACUUAGUGAGGAUAAGGUAAAGCAAUGUGUCGAUCCUCGACUAGGAUCCGAUUAUCCUCCCAAGGCCGUUGCUAAGAUGGCCGCUGUAGCUGCUCUGUGUGUGCAAUAUGAAGCGGAUUUUCGUCCAAAUAUGAGCAUAGUAGUGAAAGCUCUUCAACCUCUGUUAAAUACUCGGACGGGCCCUCAUAAUGAAGCUUCAAAUGUGUAAAAAUGCCCUCUUAUAACUUAAAGUGUGAUGUCAAAUACUUCAAAUAUUUGAAGAUAUUAUAUUGAUUUCUUCAUGUGAUUGAGAAAUUAGCGCCAUGUAUUUUGUUGAAUGUGGAUUCUGGUCGGCUUCUGUAAGUUUAAUGCAAAAAAUGUUCCUAAUGAAUUAAAAAAAAUUAAAGAAUAAAAAUGUUCCUCAUGAUUGAGACUUUUUGGAG